GGAGUCGUCUUAUGCGAACGCCUCCCGCAGACGCUCCAAAUACGCGAACGCUUAGAAACGUUUAUUGUGUCUCUUCCCGGUGAGUUUGGAUAGAAUUCAUCAUGAGUCGUCGUCAGACCCCCAACGAGUUUUUGCAACAGAUCAUUGGACGACCUGUUGUAGUCAAGCUGAACUCAGGUGUUGAUUAUCGAGGUGUCCUUGCAUGUUUGGAUGGUUACAUGAAUAUUGCUCUUGAACAAAGUGAAGAAUACCUGAAUGGGCAACUCAAGAAUAAGUAUGGAGAUGCCUUCAUCAGAGGAAACAAUGUUCUCUACAUAUCCACCCAAAAAAGAAGAGUGUGAACUUUAUAUAUGAUAUUAAUUUGGAUUCUUUGGUCAGUGAUGUCAUUGACCUGGAAAGAUUGAUCAUAAUUUUGCUGAAUUUGCAUUUUGAGUAUCAAGUUUAUUAUCACACUGGAGGAUAUUAGUGUUUACAAUGGAUGAUAUGCCUUUCUGUUUGUUCAAAACCUUCUUAAGUUAAGCUAUGUAAUAUAUUAAGAUAAUAUAAAACACAAAUGCUGAUUUUUACAAUGUAAAAUGAUUUGAUAAAUGGCUUUCAUAUAAAA